UGAAUAUAGCAACAAAGACUGUGUCACAUGUAGAUAACUAUAUUUAUGCAAAUACAGCUGCAUCAGACUAUUCUUUGCCCGUGUUUUAGGAAAUCAAAAUGGGAGACUCGAAUUCGAAACCUGGUCCACCGCCCCCUUCUCCUUUUACAAGUUCCCCAUGGAGAACUACACCACCAUGGACUGAAGAUAGUGAAUUGUCACUUCGUAAAGAAAUUAAACAAAUAAAACCGGAAGUAACCUGGAAACCUACUUUCCUCUUAGUUGGACCAGUGGGAGCAGGAAAGUCUUCAUUUGUUAAUGCAGUACUAUCUGUUUCUAAAGGACACAAGGUUGAUAUUGCUGUAACUGAGAGUGGGAACAAAAGCUGUACAACCACUGUAAGUAAGCUUUUCAUUUAAAUCAAUAUAAUGAAACGGACUUCUCAUUAUCGCCUCAUUUUUGAGUACAUUGUCCUUGAACAUGAAAUUUUAUUUAGUUCAGGUCAUUUAUGGGGCAGAUAACUUAUACAUACAAAAAUGUCGUAAUAGCGAGCAUUCACAAAAAAAAGUAAAGUAUAUGUUUUCAACAGUAUGAAUCAAAUGAAUUACUUCCUAUGUUGAUACAGUAUCGUAUACAAACAAUUAUAAGCAAAUUGUUUUAAAUC